AUGGCAAGGACUCGAUGGUUGAAGCUAAGUACGAUGAAGUUAACUUGGCAGUGUUUGUUCUCGCCGCGUUUAUACAAGAUUUACAAGGAUGGCCCUAGUGAGAGUAUGUACCAGGCGAAGGGCUUCGAGAAAUGGGGAGAUAGAGUCAUCUCUUCAGCAAGUACAAUCCUGAACAUCGGACUCUACACAUCACCUUUCAUAUGCAUGUACAUAUACAAACGAGGAUUUUUUUCCAUCGAUGAGUGUAAAGGUUUAGCAAGAUUCUUUGGAGGAGUUGGAUGCAUUUUGGCCAUAUCGUUUAUAAUGAGAGGCCUUGGGCGAGCGUCAAAUCCUAAAUAUGUUGCAUUUAUGAAAGCAUUGACAAAUACAACAGCAGAUCACACCACCUAUUUAUCUAAUAUAAGGAAUUAUGACUUCGAAUUUAGAGCUUGGCCUGUCACUUACGCUGUUCCUCCUAAAUUAAAAUCAUCGUGGCUGCAAGGCCACCCUUUCAACAACUGCGCGAAUGUCGAACUGCCAAUGUACCAACGCACUUUUAUUCAAGUGUUGGCAUACGUCGCCACACACACCUUCGCUCUGCGACUCAUUUACCCUGGAUCGUUAGGACUCAUCCACACCUUGUUUUGGGAUGCAUUGUUUCAAGGAAGAGCUCAUCUGGUGGAAUCAUAUGACGGGAAGCGUUCAAAACUGAAGACUGCCGAGGGCAACUUUUUAGAUACCAUGUUCAUAGACAAUAGAAAAUUAUCCACCAAGGGAAAUACACUGGUGGUUUGUUGUGAGGGGAACUCCGGCUUUUAUGAAAUAGGAAUAAUGACUACACCAGUAAAAGCUGGCUAUUCAGCUUUGGGUUGGAACCACCCCGGUUUUGCUGGAAGCACUGGUCUUCCAUACCCGGAGCAAGAGAAAAACGCAAUAGACGCGGUGAUGCAGUUUGCUAUUAACGAACUGAAGUUCGAGCCUGAGGACAUCAUCAUGUUCGGCUGGAGCAUCGGAGGGUACACCGCCGCAUGGGCCGCUGUCAACUACCCUGUGAAAGCCCUGGUGUUGGACGCGACGUUCGACGAUCUGCUACCGCUGGCGGAGAAUCAGAUGCCGUCUUCUUGGUCGCUGCUGGUUAAGGAGGUGGUGCGUUCGUACGUGGACCUGAACGUGGCGGAGCUUCUGUCGGAAUAUGAAGGACCCAUACAACUCGUGCGUAGGACUGAGGAUGAGAUAAUCUGUAUCAGACCGGGGUUGCUAUCAUCAAACCGCGGUAACCAUUUGCUCCUGCGGCUUCUCGAAGUGCGGCAUCCCGAAGCGUUAACCGCGUCCAACGAUAGCGUAGUCGCUGUCAACAGAUACAUCGGGCUGCUGGAGUCGCAACGCGCUGCAUUGGCUCGCAGCGAUAUUUCAAACACCGAUCGGACCUCCUUGCUACUGAUUUCAAAGUACAUGCGGGACUACAAGUCGACGCACUGCACGCCACUGCCUGAAAAUGUAUUCGACUCGAUCGUGCAUAACAUCACCAACAAUAGAAAUUAAAGUCGGUAUACAAGGUUUUACUCCCAAUGUGAAUUGUAAUGAUUUUACAGAGUUAAAAUUUGUAUUAACCGCGUGAAAUGUUAGUUUUACAAAUUCUACAGCGCGCCAAUGAUCACAAGGAGACAUAAACUUUCAUUACUUUUUUGCUAAGUUAGCAAAAAAGCAAUUGGAAGGCUCCAUUACUCCGACACACAUAUUUGGGACUCCAACAUAAGGUACUUAAACGAUCAACUCAAGGUCGACUUUGACCUCGACUGAACUUUCUUGUGCAACAAAGACCCGUACACCGUAUAUAAACAUACUUGAUUUAAACUUAAGAAAGGUACUGGGUCAAGAGCGCGUCAAGCUUGACGCUUAAGUUUUAAAUCCAACUCUGUGCCGCUUACAAUAAGGACCGUUCAAAGUACAAAAUGUCAAGCUUGACGGGCUCUUGGCUGUGCCUCGUUUUCUAAAACUUACCCAAAUAAUGUAUGUCUGAGACCGUGAUCAGGCCCUGUACUCUCGUUCGCCGUCCGACGCCGACGUCCGUCCGAAACAAAUUACUAUGAAAUAAGUAACACUGGACGAAAAGACGAUGUCAAAUAUGAAGCUUCAUUUGCUUCAUUGCAUCUUUUUAACCGACUUUAAAAAGGAGGAAGUUCUCAAUUCGUCUGUAUGUUUUUUUUUGUACGUACGUUACGCGAU